AUGGCAAGCACAGACACCUUGAAAGGCAACUUGCUGUUCAAGCUUCAGGGCCGAGUAGCCCUCGUGACAGGCGGUGGCUCGGGCAUCGGGCUCAUGGCCGCACAAGCUCUUGCCGCCAACGGGGCCAAGGUCUACAUCACGGGGCGAACAAGAGAGAAGCUCGAAAGCGCAAAGUCGCAGCAUUUCGGCGACGACAACAGCAAUGUCAUUGCCAUCCCGGCCGACGUGUCCUCCAAAGAGGGCAUUCAAUCUCUCGUCAACGAGGUCGAGUCGCGCGAGAAAUGUUUGUGUAUCCUGGUCAACAACGCCGGCAUCUCAGCGGAGCAUCACCAGACGGCCGAGGCCAAGUCGGCGUCGGAGCUGCGAGACUCGCUUUUCCGGCAGUCCGAGUUUGAUAACUGGACCGACGUCUACCGAACAAACGUGGCCGCCGUCUACUUUACCACGGCUGCCUUCCUACCAUUGCUCCAGGCGUCCAGCGAGAGACAUGCCGGCUGGUCAGGCACCGUCAUCAACAUCACCUCCAUCUCGGGUCUGGUCAAGACGUCCCAGCACCACUUCAGCUACAACGCAUCCAAGGCGGCAGCGAACCACGUCACUCGCAUGCUGGCAGCGGAGGUUGCCGCCGCCGGGCUCAAGGUCCGGGUCAAUGGCAUCGCGCCCGGCGUCUUCCCAAGCGAAAUGACGGCUGGAGAGAGCGACGAGAGACAGAAGAGCCAACUGCCCAAGGAGAAAUACGAGGGGAAAAUACCGGCUAAUAGGCCUGGCAAAGAUGAGGACAUGGCGUCGACGGUUUUAUUCAUAGCUGCCAACCAGUACGUCAACGGGCACGUUGUUGUUGUUGACGGCGGGUACACGCUCUCGGCUGGCAUGUAA